UCGCGCACAUUGAAAAAGCAGCCAGCUUCUUGGUUUGCUUCAUCAUUAUCCACAGUUAUGAUAACGCUGGCAUAAUUCCUACAGCUAUACAGUAUUCAAAAAACAUUUUUUAGGUCUUUAACGUUGCAAAUGUGCUUAGGCAAUACUGUUGUGCAUUGUGAACAGAAUGCGACGGUUUACAAUUAUUGCGCUUUUGUGUUUCGCCGGUCUCGGCUCUGAAAUAGCCGCUCUGGAGUGCCACUACUACUUCCACAGUGUUUUGAAGGAUGACCCCACGACCCGGAUGAAAACGUGCCCACUGGGCGAAGUGUGUAUGACGCAGUUCACCAAGCUAACGAUCGACAAUGCAGAAGAUCUGGACGUGUAUAGCGACUGCGCGCAAGUCUCCGCCCAGACCACGAUGGGCUGUUUCGUGAGCAAAAACAGCCAGGUGACCUGCUACUGCAACACGGAACAAUGUAAUAUGGAACAUAUGUUCCCCCUACGGGAGGUCGAGGAGUUGAUCUCGUCAGCACACCGUCCCAUGACCAGCUGGCUCUUAUUCGUCGCCAUGGUGUUUGUGCUGUUACAUGUAGUGCUUUCUAAAGCGCUCUGAUGCAUAGGUUGAAAUAGUGCGUGUUAUUACACAGUUUGUAAUAUUAUUGAAUGUGUUUUGUGUGUUAUUAACUUCUCGAAUGUGCCAGAUUGAAAAAGUUGAAAUCUGUUGAAAAAAGGUUAUUGGAAUCUAUCAAUUUAAU